AUGCCCAGUCCAGACGAACACAUCCAUCCCACGGCCACAGGCGCCGCCGCGCAGACCGUAGCAUCCCACAGCGCACCCACGACAGACGGGAACGAGCUCGUCUUCUGGUCAGGCUGGUUCUGCCCAUUCGUAGCCCGAGCCUGGCUCGCCCUGGAAGAGAAAGGCAUACCUUAUCGUGCGUCCGGGUUUCUCGCCCUGCGCUCUGAGGUUGCUGAGGAGUAUCAUAAUGCAGAGUAUAAGGAGGUGAACCCGUAUAAGAAAGAGCCGGAGUUUCUUGCCAUAUCCCCCAAGGGACUCGUACCCGCUAUCACCUACCGCGGGAAACCGCUGCACGAAUCGCUCGUCAUCUGCGAUUUCCUCGAAGAAGCGUACCCCGAUACGCCGAGUCUCUACCCCAAGGAUCCGUAUGAUCGUGCCCAGGUACGACUGGCGAUCGACCUUGUGGGAAAGAGCUUCCUCCCGCCGUUCUUCAGGCUGCUGCAGAGUCAGGAACCGGAGAAACAAGCUCAAGCACUCGAGGAGGUCACUGAAGCGCUUAAGAAGUACUCGAAGAAGAUCGUAGGGCCUUAUUAUAUGGGUUCACAGUUCACCCUCGCGGAUAUCGUACUCGCUCCCUGGGUCGCACGCCUGCCCAUCGUCGAAAAACACCGCAACUUCUCCGCUUCUGCCGUGGGGGACAAGUUCGUCCAAUGGGUCAAGGCCGUACAGGCCCGAGAGAGCUUUAAGAAGAUCCUGAGCGAGGAGAAGUAUUAUGAGGAGAUUUAUGGGCGGUAUUUGAGGGAUGAGGCGAUGAGUGAGGCUGCUAAAGCCACUAGGGCGGGCAGGGCGAUUCCUUGA